UACUCCAUCUUACCUAGCCACACAGAAGGUGGUCUCUCUUUCUUGGUGUCCCCUCCUACGCUGCAACUUCUUCUGCCCCUGUUCCAGCCAUCACAAUUGGGCAUGGCUAGGAAGUGCUCCAGUUGUGGAAACAAUGGCCACAACUCCAGAACUUGCAGUGGCCACAGAGGCCAUGAGAGCAGCAUUAGUACCAGCAGUAACAGCAGCGCCAGUACUAGCUGUGGUGGCUUGAGGCUGUUUGGGGUCCAGCUGCAGAUAGCAUCCCCUCCUCUGAAGAAGUGCCUCAGCAUGGAGUGCCUAUCACCAGCUGCCUACUAUGGAGCUGCUGCUGCCUCCAGCUUGUCGCCUUCUGUAUCAUCGUCUUCGUCUUCGCUUGUGUCAAUAGAGGAGAGCGCGGAGAGGGUCUCCAGUGGGUACACGUCGGAUGGCCUUAUGGGAAGGAUUCAGGAGAGGAAGAAAGGAGUUCCAUGGACCGAGGAAGAGCACCGGAUGUUCCUCGCCGGCCUCGAGAAGCUCGGGAAGGGCGACUGGCGAGGCAUUUCCCGGCACUUCGUCACAACACGGACCCCAACACAGGUGGCCAGCCAUGCCCAGAAGUACUUCCUGAGGCAGAACAGCUUCACACAGAAGAGGAGGAGGUCCAGCCUCUUUGAUGCGGUUGAAGGUGCCAAGAAGGUAGCAAUGCCGAGGAUCGCAUCAGUAUCCGAGCUGCAAUUCCCAAGCCUAUCGCCCAGGUCGGUCGAUGCAAGGACGAAGGGAGCUAUGAUGGUGCCUCCAUGCCUGAACCUGAUGAGCAGCACAUCGCCCUGUGCUGGUGGUGGUCGUGCAUCACAGCCGCAGCAUCCAUCUUCCAUGAACCUGAUGGCCAAGCCUCAGGUGCAACUCCAGAUGCCUGAUCUGGAGCUGAAGAUGUCGACAUCCCGGUUAUCCGACCAGCCUGGUCCAUCCCGUAGCAUGCCUUUCUUCGGGACUGUCAGAGUUACCUGAUCUUCUUCGACCUUCGGUUCUCAUCAGAAAAGGGGGGAGGGAAUCAGAAAAGAAUGUCUAGAAGAUCAGGCAACACAAGCACAAAGAAGCUGCACUGUAAUUUACUAGCCUGAUCAGCCGCGCACACUGAAAAAAAAAACGCAAAGGGAAACAAUGGAUUAUAUUUCCUAUCGUAUUUCUCCUAUCACCUUAGCUUUAUGUUGACACAAAGGCAUGGCGAAGUUGUUGCUAGUCAUAUUUCAGGGCCUGCAGAAGGUGACAGAUGAGCCUAAAAUAUUCAGUUUGCACUUGCAGAGAGAGAUCACUGACAAGGACAGGCAGAACCACCAGCACUACUGCACACAGACAUGAUCAUGUCCUUGUAUAUAUAUUACCUUAGCCAUGCAUGCAUGGAGCCAAUUUGCAAGCCAUCCAAAUUGGUUCUACAUGUUUAUGUGAUUGUUACCAGUUGUGUUGCUGCCAAUAAAGAUCUAUCAAUCAUUGUUCUCU